GGUUGUAGUUGGGAUUUUUGAGUCGGCUACACACGGUGAGGAACAGCAAUGAAACCUAAAAAGCUGAAAGACUUGGAGAGUUUAUUGCAGGAUGUGGAUGUGUUUGAGCAGCCGAAGCUGCUUCUCGAGCAAUAUCCCACUAGCCCCCAUAUAGCAGCACAUAUGCUGUAUACAAUACACACAACAUUCAAUGACAUUGAGAGUAAGUUGAUUGGAGACCUUGGGUGUGGAUGUGGAGUUCUUAGUAUCGGAGCAGCUAUGCUAGAUGCAGGAUUAUGCAUGGGAUUUGAUAUUGAUGAAGCAGCACUUGGCAUAUUUAACAGAAAUGCAGAGGAGUUUCAAUUAGCCAAUGUCGAUAUGGUUCAGUGUGAUAUCUGUUCUGUAAUGACUGGCAAAUUAUCAAAGACAUUUGACACGAUAAUAAUGAAUCCACCUUUUGGAACAAAGCACAAUAAAGGUAUGGACAUGACAUUCCUCAAAACUGCUUUAGAUAUGGCCAGAACAGCUGUGUAUUCUCUCCACAAAACAUCAACCAGAAAUCAUAUUCGGAAGAAGGCUGAAGAAUGGAAGGUAAAGAUGGAAGUAAUUGCUGAGCUGAGAUAUGACUUACCAGCAUCAUACAAAUUCCAUAAGAGGAAAUCGAUCGACAUUGAAGUGGACUUCAUACGGUUUUCGUUUAAAUAAAUUCCAUCCCUCUGGAAGAUAUUCAAUUGAAGAAAUGCAGAGAUAAAAAUUAAAUGUAGUUAAAACUC